CAAAAGUAGCGCUUUCCAGUAGGGAAAGGUCCCGCUUCAGAAUAUCGCGCGAGUCUCUGCUGACAGUAGCAACUUCCAUCCGCAAGCACCAGCUAGGAAAUUUCUAGAGUUUUCAAUCGAAGUAGACAAAAAGAGAGCUCCUUCAGUUUGUAGAUUUCGAGUAGGCGGAGAACUCUCAUCACGAUGGACAAAGCCACACCAAAGAUUUUUAAUCGGAAAGCCCCACCCGACGAAUUAUUCCAUAGCACUGGCUCUUAUACGCACAACUACAACGCACCAAUCCCAAAUCGCCGGAACCCUUUAGAAGAACAGUUGGCGAAACACUUUAGGAACAACUCAAGAGCAGCAACGAACGAAGGUAUAGACAAUGAGAUAAAACAGGUUGAAGACAGCCUAGAUCGAUUCCGUGGCUUUACUGAAUCUUCAAAGAAAAUAUCGAUAGCGUCUUCCACUUCAGCUUUUACAAAACCAGAUCCCGCGGUUUCGCGCUCGAUAGGUGAUACGAAUAUUAGCCAUCAGUAUCAUCAUCAUAAAUAUGAUGAUCAAAGGUCAUCUAUUCUGUCAAAUCUAAAUACGGCGGCGAUACAUGCAAAGAAUACACUGCGAGAAGAAGCGUCAACAGUGAUCGCUCCUGACAAAUUCCCCUACUAUCGCAGCGCGUCUCCGAUUGCCAGGAUGAGAGACAACAAAUUUCAAGCGGAGUUGUCGCCCACCGUCAAUAUUAAGAACAAUAAAAUUGACAGUCCUAGUGGCGAUAUAACUCGGGAUUACAGCUCUGGUAUUCAAAAAGUAAAAUCAGAGCAUGAGGUCAGAAUGGAAAAGAGGCGCAAGUGGAAAAAAAAGAUGAAGAUUGCUCAGGCGAGAAAGCGCCGUGAGAGACGAGCACGUGACGACUACACGAUUGGCUCUAGCUCCCACUUUGGCAGAAACUCUGCUAUCAUUGGAUGUGUAUUGGAUAAUGUUGAAGGAACGGAAUUCUUCCAACGACUAACCCAGUGUACUGGUGGAGAAUAUCAUCGUGGAGACGGGUGCGCAGCAAGUGAAUACGAAGAAAGUGAAUAUGGAUCGAUGUCUUCAGCAACCGGAUCUUACUCGGAAGACUACUAUUCCGACGAAGACAUGUUUUCUUUUGGCACUGACGCAUCAGAUAUUCGAAAAGGGGAUGGCAAGGGAAAUUUAGGAUCACAGAAAGUCAGUAUAAAUUCUCCUUCUCGGGAAUCGUACGAUCUCUCAGUGGACACGACCGUACCAGAAGAAAUGACGGCAUCCUUUCUCUCAGGGGAUGAGAUAUCUACCACUGAACGUUCGACGACCACAGAUUAUGCACGCUACGGAAGGCCACCAAGCAGUGAGCGCAUGGCAACAAACUUGUAUCAAGAGUCGUUUUCCGAUUCGAGAUUCAUCGAGAAGUUCAUCACAGGCAUCGAACGCAAGGGCGAAUCUUUGCUAUGGCACCAAGAAACAUCCGGCGUGGACCCCAAGAACGUCAUUGUGCGGCUGAAACGAGGAUUCCGAACCACCCGUGGGACGUACUGUGCCCCGCGGCUGAUCUGGACCGACCAUCAAAACGGCCUGAACUACGGCUUUGACGUGUUUGACAUUCAGUCUCUGGAACGGGCGGACAUUAUGCAUCUCAGAAACUUUCCGUAUGCCAUGCCCGGGCGCAGCAUGUUGCUACAACUAAAAAACGCGACGAGUUUUAUCUUUGAAGCAGGGACCGAGGGGGACGCCGAGCGGUUUGUCCGUGGCGUCCGAUUGGUCGUGACCCACCUGGCUUACAACCUGGUCGUUGCCAACCUGGGCGUGGGUAGCGACCUGCUCAACAUUUGUCACGUUGAAACAGAGAGCACAAGCUCGGAUCGAUUAGAGUCUGAUUGGUUUCGGGCCAUGGACGAUGUUACCGAGCAGUUGAUCGACAAUGCUAUAGCAUCAAACACACAAUAAAAUACAAUUUGAAAAGUAUGUAUAAUUAAUAUGUAAAAUUGUG